AUGCAUAACUACAUCGCGAAAUCCCUUGGCCUUCCAUGGGAAUUCUCAUCAACCGAAUGCUCUACGAUCAAUGACCUUGUCAAAUUAGCCAAGAAGCCUACUACAGCUGGCCUUGUGGUUACAAUGCCAUACAAAAAUUCUGUCAUGAAACAUCUUGAGGAAAUAGAUGAGCUAGCAAAAGUCAUUGGUGCUUGCAAUAACGUGUAUUUCAAAGAUGGGGAUGUACGACGCUUGUGUGGCACCAACACAGACUGGCGGGGGAUCAAGGGGUGUCUCCUGGAGAAAGGAAACAUGGCAGAUAGGCCUUCCGCUGAUUCUCCUGCUACUGCUUUGAUCGUGGGGGCUGGUGGCGCAAGUCGAGCGGCUGUCUAUGCGCUCACAACACACCUCCACUGUCCGACCAUCUAUGUGCUGAAUCGAGAUGACCAGGAGGUUUUUGAUCUGACUCAAGAUUCUCAAAAGUUGCCUUCAAUUCCCAACAUUAGGCACAUCAAAUCUGUGAACGAAGCCAAGAGUCUCCCAAGUCCAUACUAUGUCGUCGGAACUGUGCCGGAUUUCGAACCAAGCACCGAAUCCGAGCUUGCUGUCGCUUCGGUACUGGAGCAUUUCCUUGCCAGAGAGGAUAAGGGGGUUUUAUUGGACAUGUGCUUUAAACCAAGACGAACAAGGAUGAUCAAGCUGGCGGAGAAGUUAGGGUGGCCCUCUGUAGAGGGAACGCAUGUUAUCGGAUACCAAAUUGAAGAACAAUGGCGUCUGUGGGCUGGCGAAGAGCAUGUUCGCAAGUUAGAUAGGGAGGGGGCUUGGAAAGUUCUACUAAAAGCUGCGGAAGAAAGCAAAGGCAUCAACUUCUAG